AUGACAUUAGUAGAUAUGGGUGCAGGCGUGCCGGGUGACGGGGAAAUAAAACCCAUUAGGCAAGAGAAGACGGUGGAAAUAAUGGUGGAAGAGAUUAGGGAGAAGAUUGUGGAACUUCCCAGAAUUCAAUAUUUGGAGAAAAUUGUAGAAUAUAUAAAACCGGUCAUCCAAUAUAAAAUCAAGGAGGUUAGACGUCCAGUGUACAUUGAAAGAGUUUUGCACGUACCAAAGAUUUUGGAGGAAGAGAAGAUCAUUGAAGUACCUCAAAUCAAAUAUGUAGAGAGGAUUGUGGAAGUGCCAACGUAUGUCUAUAAGGAAAGGAUUAUUGAAGUACCUGUUCCUAUGAUUAGGGAGACCAUUAUACCAGUAUUGAAAGUUCAUAGGGUAGAACGGGAGGUUGAGAUACCUACAGUGUCAUUUUUAGUCGACAAUAGAACGAUUAAUGAUGACGGUUUUGAUAGCACCAAUAAUGUAAAUUUUGUAUCAAUGGAGGUUAACCGCACACUAAACGCCGAGCUGGAUACAGUUAACGUAGAUAAGGGUGGGCAUAUUGAUAAUGUUGUUUCGAAUGAGGAGAUUUUAGAUGGUAAGAAUGACGAUUUGGCUAUGAAUAAAGCGAAACUGAUGUUUGGUUUUGACGAGCAUUUGCGAGAAUGGGUCGCCAGUUGGAGGAGUUGGAGAUCCUGGACUUUCACAGAUUUCAGAAUUUGGGCCAAUAAAAACAUCAAAGAACCCCAUUCCAAAACUGGCAAUUCCCAUAAUGAAUAUAUCAAUGUAGUUGACAAUGACGAGGAGAUUAGGCAUGGAAGGUUUAGGUUGAGACGAGGUGGUAAGGGUAAGCGCAACAUAUCAACUGAUGCGAUUUCUGUAACUGAUAACUUGGGAAUCUCAAAAAUACCUCCAACAAAAUCUAUGAUUGCUGAUAUUGCCAAAUUAAAUCACUUUACUGGUAGUUGCUACAUGAGGGGUUAUGUACACACAUAA